CAAGAAAUAAGCCUUAAUUUUCCUCCUGAAGUGCUUGCUGGAACAUUCUAGCCUGACAAGGUGGAGUUCCUGAGGGUGCGGAUUACUUGUCAUUAUCCUUACUGACUUGGAAAGCAUUAGCUUACGUUCUCAGAGGACCAUGAAAAAGGAGAAUCUAUAGACAAUGUUUUUGCCUUGAAGAAUCCCGUGGCCUAAAUUCACACUCACAUGCGUCCAGAGGAAUUGGCAAGGUCAUGGCAGUUACAAGAAGAGUCUCGAGUCACUACCCCAUCAGAAACAAUUGCAAGCAGCAGGAUGGAAGAAGGUUGUGAAGGAAAAUUCAUCAGCUGUUAACUGAGUAUUUUGCAAUGUGUACUCUCAAGAAAAUAGCGAGCCAGAGGCUGCCAACUUGCUCAGAGUCUGACCUGCCUGCUUUUAAUAAUUCUUCAGCGGGGAUCCUAAUUCCUAAGGAAAUGGAUCCAGUGUUUGCUCAGCCAGAUCCAGGGCUCCCCGGGACGGCAGCUGUCACUCCUGCCGCUGUCCCCGUGCAUUCCAGGAGGAAGACUCACGUCAGUGACCAUCAAAAUUAGACUUUAUUUCCUGAGCACACACCAAUGGGCCCGGCAGAGGAAGGACAGAGAUUUGCUGCGUGAUGGAGAAAGCCCGCCAGGACUAAAGGCUGACAUAACUGAGCUUCUCCAGGGAGCAGUCACCAUGAUUUCAGCGGACUGACGAUGGACGGAAGGGAAGCUGGGAGAUCCUGGUCUCUGGAUUCCCUGGAUGAUGGAUGGAGGACAGCCUGUCCCCUCACCCCUGGUGCCCCUUGGGAACCUAUCGGAUUCUAGCAUGUCUCUGGAACAGAAAACUACAUUUGUGUUUGUGAUUCUGCUGUUCAUCUUCUUGGGCAUCCUCAUUGUCAGGUGCUUCCGGAUUCUUCUGGACCCAUAUCGGAGCAUGCCAACCUCAACAUGGGCUGAUGGGCUCGAGGGCCUGGAGAAAGGGCAGUUUGACCAUGCCCUUGCCUAGUGCCAGUAGAGUGGCCUCUCCUGCUGAGGAGGAGAAGACCUUCAUGUUUGUGCAAAGAUUCUCUUUGGAUCAUGUUCUCAGCCAGUCAAAUUUUAACAACAUCUAACACUACAACUAUGCUCCAUUAGUGCAUAGACAUGCAUUUGAGUUAAAGAUCUUAUAUAAGGAUGAAGGGAAGGAAAGUUUGUUGCUAACACAAAAUAGGAAGGUAUACAUGGUUGGAUUUGCUCAAAGAAUGGCUGUCAUUAUAGGUGUAAUUGUAGCGCUAAGAGCAUUCAUACAAAGUCUUUGCUAUAAAAUGCCCUGCUCAAUCUAAGCAGAGAAUGAAAGGCUAGGAAUGAUCUGCUCUAGCAGGGAUGGAGGUUAAUGCCUUUGGUCCCAGCAUCAGGAGGCUGAGGUAGAGGGAUUUCUGUGAGUUUGAGGCAAGCUAGGGCUUGAAGUGAGUUACAGGUCAUCAACUCUAGGGCUAGGGUGACACUCUGGCUCAAAAAAAAAAAAAAAAAAAAAAAAAAGAAAGAAAGAAAGAAAAGAAAGAAAAGAAAAGAUCUGCUCUUCAUCUGAGAACAAUGCCUAGACGAGACUUUCUUGCUGUAGUCAAACCUUUUCAGUCUCAUCGCAUGGCAAUCCACGACCAUCAAGAGGAUGCUUAUUUUUUGUUCCAAAGCAGGGAGCCCUGGGAAGCACUGAGAGGCUUAGAAAAGAUGGUUCUUUCCUUGAUAACUAUGAGUGAAAAUGCUAUCAUUUUCGCUUCCAAAUAAAGCUAUAUUCAAAGACUACACACUUUCCAAACUAUUGACCAGGCUUAGUACAAUCUCUGUUCUUCUUACUAAUUAACACCUAUAGAGAACCUAUACAUGAAUUUACUUUCUUUACACAAGUGAUGGAAAUCCCACAGGUGACAAGUGCAGCUUUGAAAUUUUUUUUUCUUCAACAAAAUGUUCAUUGCAGAGAGGAGUAUGCAUUCUGAUCGCAUAUAGCUACCAAAUAAAACUUUUC